GUUGCGGCUCCAGAACCUUCACUUCCACCGCAUCCGCUCUGCCUAGUCUCUCCUCCAUCGCACCGUCGCACUCCUCGUCUUCCCACCAUGGUUUCCUGGAAGCUUUCCACGCUGCUGCUGCUCUCCCUGACAGCCCUCAAUGCAUUCGCCCAAGUCGACGCCGAAAUUGUCGAGGAAGUCGCCGAGGAGCCGCAGACGCCCAACUUGAAGGUCUCCAUCUCGACUAGUUUCCCGCAAGCUGAGAUCUUUGGCGUAAAGCUCAUUAACGGCCACGCCACCCAGGCCGUCCUCUCCAUCUCCAAUUCUGAGCCCGAGCCAGUCAGCCUCUCUAUCAUCGGUGGUUCUCUCAUACAAGAUGCAGGUGACGAAUCUCAAAUCAUGCGCAACCUCACCGCGGCGCGCUAUGCGACUGAGAUCCCCGCCGGCGAGGAGACGACCGUUACCUAUACCUUCAGCACCGAGAUGCAUCCCCAGGAUGUGCGUCUGCAGCUGGUCGCUGUGUUGAAGGACAGUAAGGAUGCUUUCUACACGCUCUCGGCGUACAACGAGACCGUGGCCGUUGUGGAAGCGCCGACUAGCAUCUUGGACCCGCAAAUCAUCUUCCUGUACCUCGUCCUCCUCUCAGCCUUUGGUGGCACCGUUUACUUCAUUUACAACACUUGGAUCACAACACUCUUCCCGCAGAAGCGCCGCGGUGGCAAGGGCGGCGAGCGCGUCAAACGCUCUUCGACCGGAUCCAAGAAAGUCGAUCCAUCUGACCAGGCAGCAGUUGUUGGCGCCGAUGGCUCCGCUGUCACCACGGGUGCAAAGAUAUACGACGAGAGCUGGAUCCCUGCUCAGCAUCUGCAGAGGCCCGAGGCCAAGCGCGUGAGGAGUGGAACCCCAAAGACGAAGGUCAAAAGCUAGAUUCUAGCUUGGCUUGAGCCAGUCGAUUUGCCAGGUUGCGGCAUAGCAAGGUGUUGUUGUAGUUGAUGUAGCGAGUGGAAGGGAUAUUCAUUUGCGGGCUGCAUGCAUCAUUUGGGAUUAAACAUCUAAAAUGUACUCUAUGAUGACACCCAAAAGUUUGCCGGUUUGUAUAAUUAGUAGGGAAUAAAAUGGAGUUUGUCAAUGGACAUUAUUGUCUAUUAUCUACAAU